CGGCGAAAACGAGAUUAAUGGCAGCCUCCAUAGUCAACAGAGGAAGAGGAUCAGGAUUGACGAGCAUGAAGUACUUGUUGAGUGAUAUUGAAUUAGCAGUAGACAUGCCUGUAUUCAAUUUUUAGGUGGAUUGCAGGUACUUGUCUGUUUCACAUAAAGAUGACCCAGCAGUUGAUUCAAAAUGUUGUUGAUAUCAUGGACAAUGCUCAUUCACAGCAACAACAACUGUCAGAGUCCAUGAAUUCACUGCUGGAGGCCAAACACCAGGUGACAUUUAGUGCGGAGCAGUCAAAGAAAAGUCUGAAGCAACACUUCAAAUGGUUAGAGGAAAAAGCCAUAGAAAUCUUGACCCAUAGAUUAGAAGAAUUGCUCUCAGAAGUUGACAGGGUUUCUAGUGAGGCAUUGUCUCCCCUUACAGACUGUGAGGAUAUUUUAAAUACAGGCAUCUCAGCUGCUGCCCGAGUUAUGGAGGAAGGGAAGAAAAUCUUGGGUAAUAAUCCAGAUGACCAUGUUGAGGACUUGGUGAAAUUCAAAGACAAUCCAGAUACAAAGCAGCUCAAUAGCGUUCCAGAAAUCCCAUGCUUGGCCGAUGUGCCGUACCUGUCUGUAGACAACUUCCACUGCGACCUUGAAAGAAAACUCAACCAGCUGUUUGAGAAUGAGGGUCGGGUGUUAGAGAGGGCACCGGCUCAGAUCUCGGAUAUCGAGGAGCGUCCAGGGAGUCUGCUUAUUACCUGGGCAGAGGUGGAUGAGGAGGUAGAAGCAGGGGAGUUCUGUGUACAGUAUUGCUAUGGCAGAGUUCAGUCUAAUGAAGACAAAAACAUCACAUUCCACACUGCCUACACCGGCCCAAACACUUCCUGUACCAUACGCCACCUGAGGACCAACACACCAUACUCAUUCAGGGUCCGGUCUCGUCCGGAGGGCGAGGAGAAGUGGAGUGUCUGGAGUGUGCCUAGGACAGCUAUCACAACCAUUCCACAUUACCAAUGGAAUAAUACAACUGAGGGAUACAGCACAAGUAAUGAAGAAAAGACAGCAACUCGACUGCCCGAGGGCCAAACCCGAGUAUUAUACUCUAGCAGCAGUAUUUAUUGCUGUGGUUUCCCAAUCACCUUCAGAAUGCUGGAUUCGGGAGAGAAGACACCAUUUGAUGGCAUUGGUUUAGCUGCUAACGAUGAGGACUCGGAAACUCUACAGAGGAGCAACUCCAUUUUUGUUGCAACAUCAGGAAGUGUGUUUGUAGAUGGUCAAGAAAUGAAAACCAAACUACCCAACCUGACAAGAGGAUCGUCCACAACCAUAGAAACGGAAAACCUUGGUAACGGCAAAGUAAGAGUCAGUAUCGAAGUGGAGGGAAAGGCUGUCACAUUUGACUGGAAAGUGGAGCAGAGCCUGGAUGCCAGCAGUCUGAUGGGACUAGGGAUGAGAGCUAAGACAGAGUCUGUCUGCCUGUUCUUUGGGAUGAGAUUCAGCCACGAAGACUGGAAAGGUGAGGUAUCACUCUUGCGUUCAUUUGGUGCGGAUUACCACUAUCAGACGGAUGACAGACUUUCUUUACCACAGAGGAUUAAUUAGGUUUGGAAAGCUUGAAUUAUAAAGAAUCCAUGCCGGAACAGUGAGCACAGUGUGAAGUGGAACUGAAUUAUUUAAUAAUGUACAGAAUAUCCACAAAAGAACCCCGUGCUCUAUCUGACGUUCGGAAGCAUAUACUAGUCCGUGUAACCAGCUGAAAUUUUUAUCACAUAUGACUGAUGUUGUUAGAGGUUUCUCGAAUGAAGAAUGAACUUUGUUGUACAUUCAAGGAUCCUUUUACACUGCCUUUUCAUACUGAUAACGUGGUUACAUUCAUUUUCGUGGGCAUUAAAUGUCGUUCCACUGCUUUACCAAUUGUAAUGAUAGUCAUUUUCUCAUGGAUGCGAUGUAUUUGUGAACAAUAAAUUUUACGUCUAUUUUAACGGCUGGGAACUCCGACAGAAAUGAAAGUAGAAUGUAAAUAUAUGAAAUAAAUUUCAGUUUUAAAAAUACAGAAGGGUAUGACCUGCAACGCUUCACGCCGGCGUACUUUUCCAAAAUUAGCCUUUUUGGUCAUCUUUAAAGUAUCGUUCUAUUGUUGCCAUGGUGACAACUAUAAUCACCUAUAUUGCUAAUAGUCUCUAUACAUGAUAUGUCACUAUAAGGCAUGGAAUGAAGGCGUCUAUCAUCAUUAAUGAUCUUAAUUACUGCAAUUCCAAUUUAAGGAAUUUUAGAAGUUUUCAACAUGUUGCCAUGGCAACUAUAGUGUAUUGUAAUCGAGGUAUGGUAUAAUCUUCAGGUACCAUGUUGUAUUUCUAUUAGAAAUGUCAAAGAAUCAUUCUUGCAAAACAAAUUGAAGUGAAAAAAAAUAUGAACGAUUAUUAAUAAGGAGUACACCAGUUCUCUCUGUGGUCAUCUGCAGGAUACUUGUAUGAUUCAGGGAUAAAUUGUAUAUACAUUGUAGGGCUCACGGCGGGUGUGAUCGGUCGACAGGGGAAGCUUACUCCUCCUAAACACCUGAUCCCACCUCUGGCAUAUCUAGGGGUCCGUGUUUGUCCAACUCUCUAUUUUGUAUAGCUUAUCGAAGAUAUGAGAUUGAUCACUGUUCGUUAUCUUCGCCUUUCAUGAUACAGGUAUGAAAUGUAUUAUUAAGAUGUAAAUUGUAUGAUUAAGGUAUACAUUUCAUGAUUAAGGUAUAACUUGAAUGAUUCAGGUGUAAAUUGCAUGAUUCAGGUAUAAAUUAAAUGAUUCAGGUAUGAAAUGUAUGAUUCAGGUACAAGUCAUAUUAAACUGCCAAGCAGCAUCAUAACAUUUAGAUGUUAUAUGAGUUUUAACAGUCUUGUUUAUAGUCAGCAUUUCGCAAACUCUAUAGUCGUUAUAACAAUCUUAUCUCAAGUUAUCUGCACAUACAAGCUGUCGUUAAGUGGAAUGCUGUCUGCUGUGUUUCAUACCAAUUGUUAGGACGUUCUUUACAAACUGAUUUUGACCGACGAUUAUUCAAUUUACCUGAUCAAGAUAUAGGGCCCACAACGUGUAUGACCGGUCAACAGGGGAGUCUUACUCCUCCUAGACACCUGGUCUCACCUCUGGUAUGUCCAGGGAUUCGUGUUUGCCCUUCUCUUAAUUUUGUGUUCUUUAUAGGAAUUAUGAGAUUGAUCAAUAUUCGAUAUCUUCACUUGUUGAUUUUCAAAUUAUUAUUCUGUACAUUUUCUUUUAACACAAAUCGAGCAUUCUUCAGAGAAACUUGGCAAUCCAGAUGAUAUGGUAAACCAUAAGAUAAUCAUGGUUGAUUUUGGUGUUUAUAAUUAAAAUUAAGAUUAAAAUAGAAAUAAUGAUUUUUUUUUCAAAAUAUCAGAUUCAUAGAAAAUUCAUAGAAAAUGUGACUAUAUAUCUUUAUAUAUUUUGUUAUUAUUUAAUUUUCUGUUAAAAUGUAUUUCUUAUCCCCAUAAAUGCCCUUGAUGGUUUUUGUUUGCACAUUGAUGCAUUAAUAGAGGAAUUUCUUUACAACGCACUGAAGAUUCCAGCGACUGAUGCUUCUUUAACAUUGAUCCCUCCUUCAAGAUAAACUACUCACAACUUUGCCACUAUUAUUUUACAACAACAGCAAUGCAAAC